AUGGGCAGCGCGUCGCCGCCCAAGACUGGCCUCAAACAGGCAGCUUGUCUCGUGUGUCGCAGAGGCAAGAUUAAAUGCGAAUAUCUUCCCGAUCAGGGCCGUUGUCGCCGCUGUCUUCAAAUGAACAGCGAAUGCGUCAGACCCGACUAUCAUGCCGGCCGACAGCGCGGUAUCAAAAAUAAGAGAGUUGGUAUAGACAAGGCCAUAUAUCAGGUGCAGCAGGCGGCUCGCCGCGCUGGCAAGGCCGGCCACGGUAGCAAGGCGGAUGAGACGGUGCUGGCCCGACUACGGGGAAUUUUGCACGAGGCGGAGGGAGGCGGCGGCGGCGGCGGCGGCGUCGGCGGCAGCAGCAGCGGCAUCUCGCCCAGCAACGAGUCGCGCAACACGGGCGCUGGCGACGACUCCAUGAGCGACGGCGAGGAUGAAGACGGCGAGGACGAAGACGGCGAGGAUGGCGACAUCCAUGGCCAUGACAACGAAGAUGCCGUGUCCGGAAUCGCUACGGGAGCCAGCGGUCACCAUGGUAGCAGCAUGAGCGCCAGCAACAGUGUGCGAGAUGUAGAGCCUGACCGAGGUUCGGGGUACCACAGACCGCACGGUGAGAGCCUUGCAGUCGACGAUGCAGAGAAUCCUCUGCAGCUGCUGGCCAGAGCAUCGUACUUUACGCCGUCAGCAGAGGAGCGCGGGCAAAGACUGCCGCCAAAGACGAGGCAAGACGUCGCCGCCUCCAGUGAUAACAGCGCCCUUGAACACGCCAAGCUCAACGACUUCUUUUCCAUUACGCGUUCUGAUUUGGACAUUGGCGACGACAUUGACCCCAUCUCCCUCGGUCUCGUCGAGGAAGACGAGGCCGAGAUGCUCUUCACAUACUUCCAUGAAAAGCUCGCACACACACGCUGGGGUCUCGACCCAGACCUUUACACCGUCUCCUUUACGCGUACGCGUUCCGCCUUUCUCACCACGACGCUCAUGGCCUGCGCCGCGCUCUUCGUGCCCUCGGCCGGGAGCCUCUCCAAGCGCCUCUCCAACCACGUCAAGACGCUUGCGCAACGCGUCAUCACGCGGCGCCACCGCUCCGUCGAGAUUGUGCUUGCCUUUGUCGUCAACAUUCCCUGGAUCUUCCCCGGCCAGCGCAGCACCGACGACGAGACGUGCUGGUACAUUUCCAUGGCUGCCACCAUUGCCAUUGACCUGCUCAUGCACAAGACGCUCGUCUCGAAACGCGUGCUCGACUCGGGCAUUGGCCUGACGCUGGCGCGCGGCGAGUGCCUGGACACUAACACGGCACUCGAGAUUGACGGCUACGAGGGCGUGGAGCCGUGGUCCGAACGCGGCAUGAUUCUGCUGCGGUCACGCGAGCGCUGCUGGAUCUCGCUCUAUGUCGUUGAACGAGGCAUGGGUCUUGCUCGCGGACGACCUUUUAUGGUCCCCGUAACGCGUCUGAUUAAAGACUGCGACGACUGGCACAAAUCGACCAUUGCCGCAUCUCAAGAUGGGCAUGCAGUUUCCAUGGCCGUGAUGCGUAGAGACCUGGAUGUGCUUUUUAACAAUGUCCGUUCUCUUUGCGACGGUUCACAGAAUACCAGCAGUGACGGUUCAUUAAUAGCACGGUCCAUCGAAGACGCGAUUGAGCACUUUUUCGCCCAGUGGCACUCGAAAUGGGACUUGUCCAUUGGCGUUGGACCAGAUCGACGACUUCCACCAUACGUUGAGAUUCUCGUCAGCCAUACGCGCCUGUCGACGUAUGGCGGUGUCAUCAACCACCCGACGGCGCCCAUCGAGGUGCGGCGCUUCUUCCGCACGGCCGGCCUCUCCUCAGCGCUCAACGUGAUGCGCGCCGCCAUCCAGGGCGAGUCACUGCUGCAGUCCAUGCCCAACAACACGACGAUUAUGAUUUGCUUCGCCGCAUGCUUUGCGCUUACCCUCAGCGCCUACACGACCGACAGCUCGGCGCUCGCGCCCAGCAUUCGAAAGCUCAUUGUUGAGGCGGCCGGCGUGCUCGAGCGUCUCGGUACAAUCACCAAGCACCGCAACGGGCUCUCGGUGCUUUACGGCAAGUACCUGCGGCAGAUUGUCCGCAAGGCCGUCACGACCAAAAAGGCCUCCUCGGGCGCGACGGACUAUGCAGUCGCGCACACGAUGGCGAGCAGUAACGCGCCCAUGUACGCAAUGAACCCGGCGACGACGACGUCGGCGCCCGCGAUCAUGCCACCCCUCACCAUGCAUACGCAGCAGCAGCAGCAGCAGCAGCAGCAGCAGCAGCAGCAGCAGCCGGAGCUCAUGCACCCGCACGCGCAGAUGCAGCGACACCAGAAUACACAUACACAGCAGCAGACGCAGAUGGCUGGUCAGCCCAUGCUGUGGCCGGAGACGCUGCAGUUCUCGGCCAUGUCGGGCGAUCAAAUCACGCACGUGCUGAACCAACCAGGCAACGGGUUCGAGCCGUCGUUUGGCGGGCUUUCAUGGCAGGACAUGAACAACUUUGACUGGCUACCUUUUCCGGAGUUUGGCAUGUAG